UUCUCAAAAACAGUAGAACCUGAAAAUCCGUGCAGGUUUUUGGUCCUUUACUUUUGGUUCUCUCAUCCAGGAUUUCUGCAGCUUCCUUCGCAGAUGUAGAGCAAAUUCGCAGUUUUUAAUUAUUUUACAAUGCAGUUAUCAUUCAGAUUUGAUAUGCACAUGUAAUUCUGCAUCAACUGCAUGCAUACUUCUAUCGCAAGUGGAACGGUGACGACAGAAAUAUCAGAAUCUUCUGAAGCUGCAUGUGCUUUUGGUUAUUGACUCUUUGACUGGUUGACAGUUUACUACUUGUACAAUUUUCGCUCAUUUUCCCUUUCGCUGCUGAAGUGUUCUGGAGUGUGGAAAUGGCCGAGGACGUGCUAACCGACCAGAAGACCGCGUUUAUCUAUGACAAGGACAUGGAAAAUCAUUUCUGUCCCUGGGAUCCCCUGCAUGCAGAACGUCCCGAGCGCACCCAGUCCAUCAUCAAACGGCUCUUUCAUCUGGGAGUGAAUUUGACCAAGCAGUGCAUGGUGUUGGAGUCGCGACCGGCCACACGCCGGGAACUGCAGUUAGCGCACGCGAAAGAAUUGGUGGACACGGUGGCAUCGCAUUGCACCGCCAGACCUCUGCCCAAUCAGGCGCAUCUCAAGAAAUUCUCCGAAGUCUUCAACGAUGUCUACAUCAAUGAGAAAUCUUAUGAGUGCGCGCUGAUCGCCGCUGGCUCGACCCUGGAACUUAUCGAACAUGUCGCCAACGGAAGUGCACGCAACGGCCUUGCUCUGGUCAGACCGCCCGGCCAUCAUGCCUCCACCGCGGAAUGUAACGGGUUUUGCUUAUUUAACAACGUAGCUAUUGGUGCUAAAUAUGCCAUGGAGAAACACGGAUUGCAACGGAUUCUCAUCGUUGACUGGGAUAUUCAUCAUGGGCAAGGAACGCAAAGAAUAUUCUAUGAUGAUAAACGAGUUUUGUACUUUUCAAUUCACCGCUACGAAGAGGGCGAAUUUUGGCCGAAUUUAUUGGAAAGUAACUUUGAUUUUAUCGGGGACAACGAGGCAGCCGGUUACAACAUCAACGUGCCGCUGAAUAAAACCGGCCUGGGUGACAACGACUACAUGGCCAUCUUCCAGCAGAUCCUGCUGCCGGUGGCGUACGAAUUUAACCCGCAGUUGAUCAUCGUGUCCGCUGGUUACGAUUCGGCCAUCGGUUGCCCUGAGGGACGGAUGCGAGUGACUCCGGCGAUGUAUGGGCACUUGACGCACGCAUUAUCCAGCGUUGCCGCGGGGAAAGUGGCUGUGAUAUUAGAGGGUGGAUAUUGUAAAGAAUCCUUAUCGGAGGGUGUCGUGUGCACACUGGAAGCAUUGAUGGGAUAUCCGUGCUAUCCUCUUCCUGAAAUAGGCUCACCGGAUGCAUCGGUGGUCAAGUCCAUUUUAAAUGUGAUCAGCAUGCUGCGACGGUACUGGAAGAAUUUAGCAUUCCAGGAGAUGCUCACUGAUGAUCCGACCAAAAAUGCAAAGUUAUUGAAAAAAUACGAUCAACAUGUGCCACGUAUUAUAUUCCGCGGUCUGGAUGAGGAACUGCCGAACGAAGCCUACGGAUGUACACCGUACUAUCCACCCAGUGAAGCCGUGGAAAUACGCCAUGAAAUCGCGAAACUGGCCGCGGAGUACGACCGCGGCAGGAAGCAACGUCUCUUGCGAAAUCGGACGUGCGUCGGGUAUAAUCGGGUGAUGGAAAACCACAACAAAAUGGAGGAAGCGGAGGAGCCUUUGAAUAUCGAUCACUGGCAGAGAAUUCGUGUUAUUCAUGAUCGUCUGGCCAAAGCCGGUCUCCUUCACCACUGCACCAUCGUACCGGGUAACCCGGCUGGAACGGAGGAUUUUCGUAGCAUUCAUUCGGAAGAAUAUUCGUCCUACUUAACGGCACCGGAAGAAGCCAUGAUCAUGAUGACCAAGUUCCAAAAAUGCAAUGUUGCCGAGGAGGAAAAAUGGGCUGACGACAUCCACGUCACCAAGGGUUCGGCUGAUGCUAUCCGGUGCGCCACGGGCUGCGUGCAGGCGGUGGUCGAUGAAGUCGUCAGCGGGCGAGCCACCAAUGGAUUCGCCGUUGUGCGGCCACCCGGCCACCAUGCCCAUCAUCAUUUUCCGGCCGGUUUCUGCUUCGCCAACAACGUGGCCGUCGCCGCCAAACGCCUGUUGCAGAGCGGCGCACUGCCAAAUAAUCGGAUUUUGAUUGUGGACUGGGACCUGCAUCAUGGAGAUGGUGUCCAGGAGGCAUUCUACAAUGAUCCACGUGUUCUAUACAUUUCCAUCCAUCUCGGACAUAAAGACGGCAAAGAUUUCUAUCCACCGGGACCGGGGAAAAAUCGGGAGAGGGUUGGCGAUCCACCGGGGCGUGGUUAUAACGUCAAUAUUCCGUGGGGGGAUACGGGGCGGACCGAUGGCGAUUAUAUUUUAGCAUUCCUGCAGAUUGUGAUGCCCAUGGCGUAUAAAUUCGCGCCGGACUUGGUAUUAGUCUGCUGCGGCUUUGACGCGGCCAAAGGGGAUUUCGGGGGCUGUCAGGUGACGCCGUACGGCUUCUGGUCCAUGACCCGCAUGUUGAUGUCGCUGGCGGGUGGGAAGGUGGUGCUGGCCCUGGAGGGCGGCUAUGAACUGCAGCUGCUGGAGGAUUGCGCCGAAGCGGUGCUGCGGGCGUUAAUGGGACUUCCCUGCCAGAUGACCUGUCCCGGCAAACUCGUGGCGUCCUCCAAAAAUUCCAUUCUGGACAUUAAACGCGCCAUCAACAUCCAGAUGCCGUACUGGGUGGAAGUCCUCCAAUAUCGAGUUGUUCUCAGUGAUACUCCACUCGCCGGCCAGCGACGACGACCUGGACACGGCCAGCCGCCCCGGGCAGGCGUGGAUGUACGAGGACAUCAGCGAUCCGGAGGACACCACCAGCGAGUCCAGCGCCAGCACCCGGCGGUGAAAGGUCACGCGGCGAAGAAAAUUAAAAGAGAGUAGAAUAUGGCGUUUAAUUUUUUUUUAUUUUUUCCAGUUUUGUUCUAGGGUUUUCUUCCUGGUUUUGCUGUAGCGUUUAACAGGGUUUGUUUUUUUUCCAAGGGUCGAAUGUUUUUAACGUUUAGGCUGCGUUUGGCGUUUAUUUUUUAUUUCCGAAAGAAUAUUGUGAUCGCAUGUAAACUUCUUAUAUAUUUAAACAUGGUUUGGAUGCGCUAAAAAUGUUUGUUUACCAUUUUUCUGUAGUUUACAAAGGUUGUAUGUGGCGUUAACUGGAAUAAAAUAAGAAGUUUGUUUGGA